AUGCUGCACAAAAUCAUUGUAAACAACUACAACCUUUGGGUGGUGGUGUUCGUGGCCUUGGGCACCAUUUCCACCGCCUAUGGCCUCGCCAUCAUCGGCUCGACCGUGGGCCAACCCAACUUCUACUCCUACUUCCACUUGGCCACCCAAGGGGAGCCUGGUUAUGACCACACGACGAACAUGAUCGGAGCCUUGAACGGCGUCAACUCUGCCGGUGCAAUAGCAGGAUGUAUCUCACAAGCCUGGUCUUCCGACAAGUAUGGCCGGAAGCGCACGAUGCAGAUCGGCUCCGUCAUUCUCAUCGUUGGGGGCGCCUUGUGUGCCGGUGCUGUUGAUAUGGCCAUGUUCCUCGUUGGUCGUUUUGUCGCCGGUAUGGGGUCGGGCAUUCUGGCCUGUGUUGUCCCCAUCUACCAAGCAGAGGUAUCCACGCCAGAGACACGAGGCGCCAUGGUCUGCGUUACUGGCAUCAUGUAUGCCGUCGGUUACGCUCUGGCAGGAUGGCUCGGCUACGCCUGUUUCCACAUGUCGGCCACGGACCCUGCUGCACAGUUCGCCUGGCGAUUCCCCCUGGCCUUCCAGGUCUUCUUCCCCACCGUCCUGCUCGCUGGGAGCAACUUGGUUCCCUUCAGCCCCCGUUGGCUCCUCUCGCAGAACCGUCGACAAGAAGCCCUGGACGUGGUCAAGCGGCUCCACAGGACCCCAGGCGACCCAGACGACGUCAAAGCCCGCCGUGAGUUCUGGCUCAUGGAACAACAGUACGACCUGGAUGCCACCAUGUCCCGGGGCCGAUUCGAACUAUUCAGCACUCCUGCCAACCGCAAAAGAGCUCUAAUGGCCUUCGUUUUGAUGUGGGGAAAUCAAUUCCUUGGCAUAUUUAUCAUGACCAACUAUGGGGUGUUGAUAUAUGCUAGCCUCGGGCUCAGCGGAUCCAUUCCGCUGCUCUUGAACGCAUGCUGGACGACAUUCACUCUCAUCGGGAACACGUGGACGGCGCUCUUCAUCGACCGCUUCGGCCGCCGCAAGUUCAUGCUCAUCGGGUCCUGCGGCUGCGUCGUCUCGGUCAUCUUCCUUUGCGCUCUGACGGCCUCGUUCCUCAACACGAACAACAAGGCCGGUCUCCGUGCCGGCGUCUUCUUCAUCUGGUUCUACAUCAUCUGGUGGUGCUUCUUCAUUGAUGCCACCCAGUAUGUCUAUGUGGCCGAGAUCUUCCCCAACCACCUGCGUCCGGCGGGCGUCGCACUGGGCCUUUCGGCGUUCUACCUCGCCAGUGAGGUCACCCUGGUCGCAGCACCUGUGGCGUUGAACAAGAUCGGCUGGCGUUUCUACCUCGUCUUGAUCAUCCCAUCCGCCGUGUACAUCGUGAUCAUCUACCUCUUCUUCCCCGAGACCAAGGGCCGCACGCUCGAAGAGAUCGGGCACGUCUUUGGCGACGACAUGCACGUGGCCACGCAGUGGUACACGGCGUCGGACGACGAGAAGCGCAAGAUCGAGGAGCAGGCCCUGCGCGAGACCGAGGGCGGCAUCGUGCAGGGAAAAGGCCAAGCUAGCGCGGUGCACGUCAAUGUCGUCGCCGGUGGUGGAGGAGGGAGCAGCAAUGACGAUGCGGACGACAUCUACGCCGAGAAGGGGAAUGAGAUUCGGAGCGAGGAGGUGGCGGCCAAAGCUUAA